ACGGAGUAGUUACAUACAGAUCGUCGAUCGAUACAUUUUGUAGCUGCGCGAAACUUCCAUUUUUAUUUUUUAAAUCAUUUUAUUAAAUAUUAUAUUUUAAUAGAAAUCAUAGAGAACAAAUUCAUGCAAAUUUGUUAUAUGAAAUUAUAGUUUUAAUCGAACGAUUCGUUUUGAUUAAAAAAAAAGAAAAAAAAGAAAAUACAUAUAAACAAAAUUUUUUAUAUGAAAAAUUGUAAUAUUCUUUUAUAAAUCCAAUACAUAAAAUGAUGGCAACAUUUAAUCGUUUUUUCGGAUUUUGGACAAAUGAUUCUAAAAUUGACGAAGCUACAGGACUCACAGAAAGACAAAAGAAACUUGUACAGAAUACGUGGGCUAUUAUAAAGAAAGAUCAAGUUGCAUCCGGCUGUGCUAUAAUGUUGGCCUAUUUCAAGAAAUUUCCGGAACAUCAGCAAAGUUUCCCAGCAUUUAAAAAUAUGCCAAUAGAUCAACUAAAUAACAAUAAAAAAUUUCAAGCUCAUUGCGCAGGUAUAAUAGCUACAAUAAGUACCGUCAUUGAUUCUUUACAAGAUUUUGAUCUAUUAGUAGAAAACGUAACUAUUUUUACGGAAAGACAUAGGAAACGUGGUCAGACUGUAAAAUCGUUUGAGGAUUUAAAACCGGUAGUAGCGGAAGUUCUUCGAGAAGCUUUAGGAAAACAGUUCACAUCGGAAGUAGAAGAAGCAUGGAAUAAAACAUUGGACGUUUUCUUUUCGAAAAUAUAUGAAAUUUUGGGUUAAAAGAUUAUUUUUUUUUAAAGUAAAAAAUAUUAUAUAUUUUUAAUAUUAUAAGAAAAUAUUACAUUCCUUGCAUGCAUUUUAUGGAAGUUUAUAUAUUUAACGAAACUACCCUAAUAUAUUCAUAUAUACAUACAUAUAUGUAAACUAUAUUUUAAAAAUAUAAUCUAUUGGGGUUUAAUUUAUAAAGAAA